AUGAUAAACAAAAAUACCGCUGGAGAGCGAAUUAUAUUUACCUUUGAACGUUUAUGGGAAGACCAAUCUUUUUUCCGAAUUUUGUUUGUAGAGCCGAUUACUUUUCAAGGUCAGGAAGCUCAUUAUUUAACUAUUCCUAAAGAUACUUUUGGACAAAGAUUAAAAGGAAAAAGUUUUGAGAUAAAAUUAUGCGAUCAAAAUGAAAAGCUCGAAAAAGACCAAACAGUUAAGCAAAAUGAGGAAUCAUCUACUGAAGAAGAAGCUGAUUUUGUAGUCAAAGAAAUAAUUGCUUUUACCGUUAAACAAACUUUUGCUUACCCAGAUAGUUUUAACAUUAGCUUUGCCGAAGAAAUCCAAUAUGGCAAAAGCAAAGUAAUCGCCCUGUCCAUUUUAAAAACGCCCUCCGGAGCAGACUACCAGCAAAAAUUAUCCAUUUUCAAACGCGACCAAAGCUUUCAAUUUCUCUUUCCUGUCGGAAGCAUGAAAAUCAAGGAAAAUUCCAACUUCUCAGAAACUUUCUAUUUGGAAACCACUUUCAACAAACUUCUGGAAAUCAGAAAACUUGGGAAAGAAGAACCAGCACAUUUUUCAGGACCAAGCACUAGUCAAAAAGUAAGAGCAAAUAAAGCAACCAACCCAACCUUGGCUUCUAAAGAAAAAGCAACUGCUGACAAUUGA